UCAGCAGCUGUCUGUGCUGCAGCCCGAGAGGAACUCGGUGAGCCCGUCCCUGUUUGUGACUGCACGCUCAGGAUUUCAAUCAAUGCAUUCCAGUAACCCCAAAGUGAGGAACUCUCCAUCAGGAAACACACAGAGUAGCCCUAAGUCAAAGCAGGAGGUGAUGGUCCGUCCCCCUACAGUGAUGUCCCCAUCUGGAAACCCCCAGCUGGAUUCCAAAUUCUCCAAUCAGGGUAAACAGGGGGGCUCAGCCAGCCAAUCCCAGCCAUCCCCCUGUGACUCCAAGAGUGGGGGCCAUACCCCUAAAGCACCCCCUGGCCCAGGUGGGAGCAUGGGGCUGAAGAAUGGGGCUGGAAAUGGUGCCAAGGGCAAGGGGAAAAGGGAGCGAAGUAUUUCCGCCGACUCCUUUGAUCAGAGAGAUCCUGGGACUCCAAACGAUGACUCUGACAUUAAAGAAUGUAAUUCUGCUGACCACAUAAAGUCCCAGGAUUCCCAGCACACGCCACACUCGAUGACCCCGUCAAAUGCUACGGCCCCCAGGUCUUCCACCCCCUCCCAUGGCCAGACUACUGCCCCAGAGCCCACACCUGCUCAGAAGACUCCCGCCAAAGUGGUGUAUGUGUUUUCUACUGAGAUGGCCAAUAAAGCUGCGGAAGCUGUGUUGAAGGGCCAGGUUGAAACUAUCGUCACUUUCCACAUCCAGAACAUCUCUAACAGCAAGACAGAGCGAAGCACAGCCCCUCUGAACACACAGAUAUCUGCCCUUCGGAAUGAUCCGAAACCCCUCCCACCACAGCCCCCAGCUCCUGCCAGCCAGGACCAGAAUUCUUCCCAGAAUACCAGGCUGCAGCCGACCCCGCCCACUCCGGCACCAGCACCCAAGCCUGCUGCACCCCCGCGUCCUCUGGACCGGGACAGUCCUGGUGUAGAAAACAAACUGAUCCCUCCUGGGGGCAGCCCCGCCAGCUCCACGCCACUGCCCCCAGACGGUACUGGGCCGAACUCGACACCCAAUAACCGAGCGGUGACCCCUGUCUCCCAGGGGAGCAGUAGCUCUUCAGCAGAUCCCAAAGCCGCCCCACCUCCACCAGCGUCCAGUGGCGAGCCCCCCGCGCUGGGAGAGAACCCCGAUGGCCUGUCUCAGGAGCAGCUGGAGCACCGGGAGCGCUCCUUACAAACGCUCCGAGAUAUCCAACGGAUGCUUUUCCCCGACGAGAAAGAAUUCACAGGAGGACAAAGUGGGGGACCCCAGCAGAACACUGGGGUAUUAGAUGGACCUCAGAAAAAACCAGAAGGGCCGAUACAGGCCAUGAUGGCUCAAUCCCAAAGCCUAGGGAAGGGACCUGGGCCCCGGACAGAUGUGGGAGCUCCAUUUGGCCCUCAAGGACAUAGAGAUGUGCCCUUUUCUCCGGAUGAAAUGGUUCCACCUUCCAUGAACUCCCAGUCUGGGCCCAUGGGACCUGACCACCUGGACCACAUGACCCCCGAGCAGAUAGCUUGGCUGAAGCUGCAGCAGGAGUUUUACGAGGAGAAAAGGAGGAAGCAGGAGCACGCUGUUGUGCAGCAGUGCUCCCUCCAGGACAUGAUGGUCCAUCAGCAUGGGCCUCGGGGCGUGGGCCGAGGGCCUCCCCCUCCAUACCAGAUGGCCCCCGGUGAAGGCUGGGGGCCGGGGGGCGCAGAGCCCUUUGCUGAUGGGAUCAGCAUGCCUCAUUCUCUGCCCCCGAGGGGCAUGGCUCCCCACCCCAACAUGGCAGGGAGCCAGAUGCGCCUCCCUGGGUUUGCGGGAAUGAUCAACUCUGAAAUGGAGGGACCGAACGUCCCCAACCCAGCAUCGAGACCGGGUCUUUCUGGAGUCAGUUGGCCAGACGAUGUGCCAAAAAUCGCAGACGGUCGAAACUUCCCGCCUGGCCAGGGUGUCUUCAGUGGUCCUGGCCGAGGGGAACGCUUCCCAAACCCCCAAGGAUUGUCCGAAGAGAUGUUUCAACAGCAGCUGGCGGAGAAGCAGCUGGGCCUCCCCCCGGGGAUGAGCAUGGAAAGCAUCAGGCCCAGCAUGGAGAUGAACAGGUUGAUCCCCGGCUCCCAGCGACACAUGGAGCCUGGGAGCAGUCCCAUUUUCCCUCGAAUACCCGUCGAGGGCCCUCUGAGUCCCUCUCGGGGCGACUUUCCGAAAGGAAUGCCCCCGCAGAUGGGCCCUGGUCGGGAACUGGAGUUUGGGAUGGUUCCCGGUGGGAUGAAGGGAGAUGUCAGUCUGAACGUCAACAUGGGAUCCAACCCUCAGAUGAUACCUCAGAAGAUGAGAGAGGCUGGGACGGGCCCUGAGGAGAUGAUGAAGUUACGCCCGGGUGGCACAGACGUGCUGUCUGCUCAGCAGAAGAUGGUGCCCCUGCCGUUUGGGGAGCACCCCCAGCAAGAGUACGGCAUGGGCCCCAGGCCGUUUCUCCCCAUGUCUCAGGGUCCAGGCAGCAACAGUGGCUUGCGGAGUCUCAGAGAACCAGUCGGGCCCGACCAAAGGACUAACAGCCGGCUCAGUCAUAUGCCAGCACUACCUCUCAACCCUUCCAGUAACCCCACUAGCCUCAACACCGCUCCUCCAGUGCAGCGUGGCCUGGGGCGGAAGCCCUUGGAUAUAUCUGCGGCAGGCAGCCAGGGGCACUCCCCAGGCAUCAACCCUCUGAAGUCUCCCACGGUGUGCCAAGUCCAGUCACCAAUGCUGGCCUCGCCCUCGGGGAACCUUAAGUCCCCCCAGACUCCAUCGCAGCUGGCAGGCAUGCUGGCGGGCCCGGCUGCUGCUGCGUCCAUUAAGUCCCCCCCCGUCUUGGGGUCUGCUGCUGCUUCGCCUGUUCACCUCAAGUCUCCAUCACUUCCUGCCCCGUCACCUGGAUGGACCUCCUCUCCAAAACCUCCCCUCCAGAGUCCCGGGAUCCCUCCAAACCAUAAAGCACCCCUCACCAUGGCCUCCCCAGCCAUGCUGGGCAGUGUAGAGUCAGGUGGCCCCCCACCUCCUACAGCCAGCCAGUCUGCCUCUGUGAAUAUCCCUGGAAGUCUUCCCUCUAGUACACCUUACACCAUGCCUCCCGAGCCAACCCUUUCCCAGAACCCACUGUCUAUUAUGAUGUCUCGAAUGUCCAAGUUCGCAAUGCCCAGUUCUACCCCUUUAUACCACGACGCCAUCAAGACUGUGGCCAGCUCCGAUGACGACUCCCCUCCAGCUCGCUCUCCCAACUUGCCAUCAAUGAAUAAUAUGCCAGGGAUGGGCAUUAAUACACAGAAUCCUCGAAUUUCAGGUCCAAACCCCGUGGUUCCGAUGCCAACCCUCAGCCCAAUGGGAAUGACCCAGCCGCUCUCUCACUCCAAUCAGAUGCCCUCUCCGAAUGCCAUGGGACCCAACAUACCUCCUCAUGGGGUCCCGAUGGGGCCUGGCUUGAUGUCACACAAUCCUAUCAUGGGGCAUGGGUCCCAGGAGCCUCCGAUGGUACCUCAAGGACGGAUGGGUUUCCCCCAGGGCUUCCCGCCAGUACAGUCUCCUCCACAGCAGGCUCCGUUCCCUCACAACGGCCCCAGUGGUGGGCAGGGCAGCUUCCCAGGAGCUAUGGGUUUCCCAGGAGAAGGCCCCCUUGGCCGCCCCAGCACCCUGCCCCAGAGUUCAGCAGAUGCAGCACUUUGCAAGCCUGGAGGCCCUGGGGGUCCCGACUCCUUCGCCGUCCUGGGGAACAGCAUGCCUUCGGUGUUUACAGACCCAGACCUGCAGGAGGUCAUCCGACCUGGAGCCACCGGAAUCCCGGAGUUUGAUCUGUCUCGCAUUAUUCCAUCUGAGAAGCCUAGCCAGACACUGCAAUAUUUCCCUCGAGGGGAAGUCCCAGGCCGUAAACAGCCCCAGGGGCCUGGGCCUGGGUUUUCGCACAUGCAGGGGAUGAUGGGCGAACAGGCCCCCAGAAUGGGACUAGCAUUACCUGGCAUGGGAGGGCCAGGGCCAGUGGGAACUCCGGACAUCCCUCUUGGCACGGCUCCAUCCAUGCCAGGCCACAACCCAAUGAGACCACCAGCCUUUCUCCAGCAAGGCAUGAUGGGACCUCACCAUCGGAUGAUGUCACCAGCACAAUCUACAAUGCCCGGCCAGCCUACCCUGAUGAGCAAUCCGGCUGCCGCCGUGGGCAUGAUUCCCGGCAAGGAUCGGGGGCCUGCUGGGCUCUACACCCACCCUGGGCCUGUGGGCUCCCCAGGCAUGAUGAUGUCCAUGCAGGGCAUGAUGGGACCCCAACAGAACAUCAUGAUCCCCCCACAGAUGAGGCCCCGGGGCAUGGCCGCUGACGUGGGCAUGGGUGGAUUCAGCCAAGGACCUGGCAACCCAGGAAACAUGAUGUUUUAAGCUGCUAAGAUUGGAUGUGCCGAUCCUUGUCAAGAUGAGAUUCCGGGUCCUGAGAGCUGCCUUGAGGGAGUUCCGGGAGUGCUGUUGGUCAGGCAAUAGGAGAGCAGAGACCUGAGGGCUGCUUUGGGGGAGGGGGGAACUCGAGAAUGUAUGGAUUUACCUGAAAACAAAUGAUUCAUUUAAUCAACAGGUGUGUUUUUUUUAAGAUUUAUUUUUUAAAAAUUAUUUUUGUGGACUUGGGUAUCCCAUGAUGGCACCUACUUUUGGGAAUCUGUAGCCUGUGCUUCGAGAAUUGCCAUCGGUCAUGUGUUGCACCGUUCUCUGUAUGUUUACGUCCUUUGGACUGGCUUCUCCCAGGAUUCUUUUCUGGUUUUGUUUUUGUUUUUUUGUUUUGUUUCGUUUUUUUGUUUUUGUUUGUUUUUUUAUUUGCUUUGGGCUUUAUUUUUUUGUGUACUGUACUAUAUUGUAAAAGGGAUUUUAGCAGAGACUUUAGUCUUUGGGACAAGAGGAGAACAGGAAUGCUGGGCCGUUUACUUUAGGUGGAGAAUCGUCUUCAGACCUUUGGACUAUUUUCUUUCAACUCCAGUGUAUAGAAAAAAACCAAACUACGACCUCAGAGCAGAGUAUUAAUGAAAAGCACAAAAAAAAGGAACUAAGUUCAGCGAGGGGUGGGGGGAGGGGGGAGAUUUUUCUUUUCAAAAAUAAUGAAGCUUAGGACGUUUGUUUUUCGGUUCGAGUGCUCUCCGGCACGGUCUGUCUCUUCCAGUCUGCAAACCCACCUUCACGUUUUUCUCUCAGUUUCCCUCUCCUCCCCCCACCCCACCCUCAUCUCCUUGGUUAAGUGUAUCUCCUUCUCCCGUGCCCCCGCCCCCAACUGGUGACCCCUGCUUUCCUCCUCUUUCCCUUUGGCAGCUGCAAUACACGGUGUUCUUUUGGGGAAGUAAAUCUAAUGAAAGCCUCGCCUUCCAGGCCGAGCGUCAUCCCGGUUCCGCGAGGGAAAGGCCUGUGCUUGGGAUGCUCGGCGGUCUUCUGCUCCCUUUCUCUUCUUCCCCAACACGCCCUUCCCUGCCCACCUUGUUUUCUGUUCUCCUUUUCUUAAGAAUUCCCAAGUGAAUUUUAUCGAUGUGGGAGUGGAACAGAUGCUAAAAGCUAUCCAGGAUUUAGUUUUUGUUUUUGUUUUUAAUUUUGUGGUUCCUCCCCUGCCCUCCCCCUCCCAUGCGUAAAACGUUCUGUGUAACCUCCAUUAAAUUUGGUACAAAACCACUCACCAGAGCUGUGGUGUCAGAAAAAUAAAAUAUAUUGUUUCUUACAAAA